GCAGGCUCAUAUAAAAUCGCGUAGCAUAACCGCAACAAGUUCAGUUUGACUGCAAACACCAACCAUUAAGUGACUUAGCAAGGAAACCAAAAACAAAUUUUAAUUUUCUACAAAAAGCAAUAAAUUUGAAAAAAAAAAGAAUUUUGAGUGCAAAUUUUUCAAAAAACUAAAAAAAAGUGAAAAUAAUUUAGUUAGUUUUACAAUAAAGACUUUACAAGUGUUUGUACCGAUAAAAAUAUAUUUACAACAAUGCAACACCAAAGUGCCAACAGCAAACGUCUGAUUAUGCUGCGAAACGUCUUCAGCUUUGUUUGUUUACUCUCACUACUGCUGCUGCUCAUCAGAAAUACAGCCAAUGUGGAGGCGCAUCCCAUGGAUCUGUACGACGAUGUCGGCGAUUUCUUCGAUGCCGUCUCGCUAGACGAUGUGCCCGUGUCAGGGCGCUCAGCACCGGAAACCUUUUGCCGCAUGCCAAUACGCAAAGGCGUCUGCCGCGCGCUCAUACCGCGCUUCAGCUACGAUCCCAGCCGUAAAACUUGCGUCGAGUUCAAAUUUGGUGGCUGCGAUGGCAACGAGAACAACUUCUCCAGCUAUGAGGCAUGCAUGGCCACGUGUGAGGGCAUGUAAAUACAUAUAUACAUAUGUGUGUGUGUGUGUAUAAGCGCCGCUUAAGUGUAGAAAUGUUCCUCAUACGCCCUGAAAUUGCCAAUUGCAGGCUCCAAGCAUCACAUCUCAACGCAUCAUCAUCUUUAAUAACAGUUAUUUGCAUAUUUGACCAGCUAACGGUCAAGCAUAAGUUUAUGGCGCUUCCAUUAAACAGUGUUCAUGGCAUUUAUUUACAUACUUUUAGUUGUUAGUGUAUUUUAUUUUUAUAUGUUUAUGCAUACAAACGCAACUUCAAUGCAACAACGCACAUUUUCCAUUGGCUUCCAAAUGAAAUUUAAUUAAUUUCAAUGUUUGUGAUAAAUUUUGGUUUAAAGCUUUUAAGUUUUAUAAUUUUUUUUUUUCAAAAUAAAAGCCCAGAAUUUUUUUUUUUUUUGCUUAUUAUUAUUAUAUUAUUGCUUUGGUUUACAAAAAAAAAGACUAUCAUUUGCAAAUUUCAUAAUGGCACUCAUAUUAUUUAUUUGUUAUAUGUAUAUGUAUUUUCAAAAUAUUAUAUUUGGUAAUAUUUAAAACUUUGUAUACACGAUGUUAUACAAAAAUCAAAAUAAAUAUAUAUUUUUAUAAAAUAUAAAAAUACAAA